AUGGAUUCUCUGGUACCCAAUUUUUGUCAGGUAGGCCAGUUUGGCUUAGGACGGGCCUCUGGCCAUAAUCAUGUUGGUCAGCAUGGACAGUCUCCUGGUCAGGUGACAUACGAGGAACUGGACAGACCAGCCAAGGAGUUAGCAUUAGAUGUCUUAUACCAGCUCUCUCUGAAGCUACAGAACGUAACCAGAGGUAAUUGGGCAAGCCUUGCUGAAAUCAUGGGCUACUCUAGGGACAAGAUCGACGAAUUUGAACACCAGUCGACUGCUGAGUACAAACCACCUGGUUAUUUGGUUCUCAGAGAUUGGACAAAGCAGGAACGAGGCCGUUCUAUAUACGUCUUGUUGGAGACUUUGAAAGAAUGCGGCCGCCUGGACUGUGUCACCUUUUUGGAACAGAAGAUAAAAAAUUUAGUCUCCAUGAAGCUUCACCUGAAAAUAAUAGAUGAAACUAUAUCGUCUGACAUGGCCAAGCCCUAUUUCCUGACCGUGCCCACCCGUUGCCAAGCGACGCUCAAGGAGAGUCUGGAGAAUGUCUUCGGAGGCAAGCUGCAAGACUAUGAGAUACUUGCUUCAUGGACGGACAGGGCGCAUCAGUUUAAAGGUAUGCAUUUGUCUGUGCGCCGAAAGAGGCGAUCCAGGAGGGUGGUUUCGCCAACUGCUUACCUAGAAAGUCCCCAGUACCACAAUCAGGGGCAACAGAAUAAUCUGUCAGAUCCCAACGAAGACGUAUCGGGGAACCAGCACAUCACUUGUCAGGACAACACGAUAAAGUCGGGAGAGAGAAACAUUCCAAGAGUGAGUUCGCGUGACCAACGGGAAGAUUCCACAAUAGUACAAAAUGUACAGAGCUUUUCAGUGAAUCAAAAAAGAUGUUGUCCCGAAAAUUGUCCCGGUCACAAAGGAUAUGUUUCGGAAGAAUGCAUGUACUGCGGAAAAUUUAAAACAUUUUCACAGAAAAUAGUUCACUCAGUGUCUCAUAAAGAGGCCGAUAACGGAGCUGUACGGAUAAUUGAGUCCGGAUUUCACUGUCGUAGUUGUACAUGUGACCUAUCGGUGAUUGGAGGCGUGGCCUGCUCAAGCAUAGAACGGCCUCCGAUGAAGUCAAACAUGCCAGAUAUGGCAUGCGAUAUCGCCAGGACAGAAAGUGAGAUCGUCAAGCGAAAAUUGAUUGACGAUUCAGAAAAUGUCGUGUCGUCUACAACAGAUAUGGACGUGAACAAAAAAGUGAUAAAUAGCGAAGCAGACACGAACAAAACAUUCGGAUAUAAUCUCUUUCCAAACGAGUCGUCAAUGGUUGAGCAUUGCGAUGAUGGUUUUGUUGACAAUCUAUCGGAAGAGACAUUUGUAAAGGCACCUUACCAUAGUCAGGUACAAUGCACAGUGAGCGUCGUCACCAAAAAUAUUACAAUGGAGAAUGAUGCUACGAAUGUGAUGGAAGCUCCUCAUCAUGGCAUGGUUCGCUCCACUUCUGAUUCGGCAGCGCCUUACCAAAGUUUGAAUAGGGAAACCAUGACUUAUAAAGAAACAAGCAAAGAACGAUUUACGUUCGAUAAUGUACAUAUGAUACAAGGACAUAACCUUGGAACUAUCGCGGAUAUGUUUACUUGGCAGCAUAAAAGUCCUAUAGAGCACUGUGAUAUUGAGGAUGUUGUUAAUAAUGGCAAACGUGAAAUGUUGGCUUCAGAUCUGGAUAGACUUCAACAGCCAACUCCUAACAUACACCAACACAAAGAACACGUGACUCUAGAAACACGUGUACCUGAUAUUUUCAGUGAUAGUGAUGUACCGUUUCAUAGCAACCUUCACGAAACGACAAAAAAGGACAUCAACGAAGGCAAUAUUGGUGCUGAACCUAUACGGGUACAGGCAGUACCUCCGCUACCGACCAGAAAGGCAGACAGGUGUCACCAAAUCUCGCCUAAUCGCCAGGACACCCCUCCAUCCUUACCGCCACGUAACACCAGGCCGACCCCAUACCCAAGCAGCAGGUCUGGAGGCGCAGAUUCAAAGUUCAUACAUUUGAACGAAGCGUUAUGUCGAUAUCCAGAAUGGAGUCCAAGGGAGAAUGAAAACACGGUGGAGAGUAAAAUGAGUCGUUUCAUGAAUUCUGAUGGACAUUAUCUGUUGUGGUAUAUGGCCUUGAAGAAGACGCUUGUACUCAGUGUGAGUCAUCUGAGAAAGUUGAUCCACUACGCUAUAUACGUAACGCAGGAGAACGGACAUUUAUCAUAUUUCAUUUUCGAAGGUGAGAUGUUUCCAGAUCUCCACGCACUCUUAAACCACUACAAACACUAUGGUCUCAGACCUCAGUCUCUACAGGGCUGUCAUUCUAACGAUUUUCUGCGACAACAAAAUCUAAGAGGCAGCCGACAGAUAGCGCGGUUGUCACAUGUACAGUUGCUGCAUCCAGUCAUUCUAACAAGAAGUCGCACAAGUGUUUAA